AAAAGAUGAGCGCAUCCGCCAACGCGGAAUAAGCGGUUAGCCUCUUUGGUCAAAACUGGCUACACUUUACCUCAAUCAAUAAGGACUAUUAGCUCAAUUUGAGUAUCAGGAAAUUUAUCUAAACGGCUAAUCGUUGUAACGAAAGGGUUAAAUCUUAAACAUUAUCGACGCAAGCCUUUUAUUCGUGCUCCGCAGUGGUUUCGUUUAGCAUUAGCCGCUAACAACCCUCUUAAGCAAAACCUUUAUAUCAACUUCUGCGUAAAUAUACGUGUAUUUCGGCAAAGUCUAUAUACUUGUGUUACGUUUUUAAAAUCUGCGUUUUAUAGUCGAUCUCCUGUAAUAGCGUGUAGCUGAAAUAAAGCUAUCUGAGCAAAUACGUCGUGUUAGCUUAAGUUUGACCAAAACACCAGGAUGUCUGAUUUUGAUGAAUUUGAGAGACAGCUGUCUGAAAAUAAACAAGGUGACAGUCUAAAUGGUCAUGAGAGGGACAAGGAGAACCGGCACCGGCGACGCAGUCCAUCCCGCAGCCGCAGUCGAGAGCGGAAGAGGAGAAGCAGGGAGAGGAGAAGCAGGGAGCGCCGCGGCGACAGCAAGGAACGCCGACACAGACGCAGUGAUCAUACACAGAACCACCCCCAAGAAAAUGUCAGCCGUUCACCUCAACGGGAGAAAAGGAAGAAAAUUAAGAAGUACUGGGAUGUCCCGCCUCCAGGCUUUGAGCAUAUUACUCCCAUGCAGUAUAAGGCAAUGCAAGCUGCUGGGCAAAUCCCUGCUACCGCUUUGCUGCCCACCAUGACGCCAGACGGCCUGGCAGUAACGCCGACCCCGGUCCCUGUAGUGGGCAGUCAGAUGACUCGCCAGGCUCGCAGACUUUACGUUGGCAACAUCCCAUUUGGCAUCACAGAGGAAUCUAUGAUGGACUUCUUCAAUGCUCAGAUGAGAUUGGGUGGUCUGACUCAGGCCCCAGGAAACCCUGUCCUCGCCGUCCAGAUUAACCAGGACAAGAACUUUGCUUUCCUUGAGUUCCGAUCAGUGGAUGAGACCACGCAGGCCAUGGCAUUCGAUGGCAUCAUCUUCCAGGCACAGAGCUUAAAGAUUCGCAGACCGCAUGACUAUCAGCCGUUACCUGGCAUGAGCGAGAACCCGAGCGUUUAUGUGCCAGCAGUCCAAUUUCAGGGUGUGGUGUCUACUGUUGUACCAGACUCUAUUCACAAGCUGUUCAUUGGAGGUUUACCAAACUAUCUCAACGACGACCAGGUUAAAGAGUUGUUGACCUCUUUUGGACCUCUCAAAGCCUUCAAUCUGGUUAAGGACAGCGCUACCGGCCUGUCAAAGGGUUAUGCUUUCUGUGAAUAUGUGGAUGUUAACGUCAAUGAUCAGGCUAUUGCAGGAUUGAAUGGUAUGCAGUUGGCAGAUAAGAAGUUGCUGGUUCAGAGGGCAAGUGUUGGAGCCAAGAAUGCCACACUGACAAGUAUAAACGAGACUCCAGUGACGUUGCAAGUGCCGGGUCUCACAUCAAACCCCAUGAUCCAGAUGGGUGGUAUUCCCACUGAGGUCCUGUGCCUGAUGAACAUGGUGGCUCCAGAGGAGCUUAUCGAUGAUGAGGAGUACGAGGAGAUCGUGGAGGACGUCAAAGACGAGUGCUCUAAAUAUGGCCAGGUCAAGAGCAUAGAGAUUCCCAGACCCGUCGACGGCCUUGAUAUACCUGGAACCGGCAAGAUCUUUGUGGAGUUCACAUCUGUUUAUGACUCCCAGAAGGCCAUGCAGGGCUUAACGGGGAGAAAGUUCGCCAACAGGGUGGUGGUGACCAAGUACUGCGAUCCAGACGCUUAUCAUCGCCGAGACUUCUGGUAGAGGAAGAGUCCUAGAGCUGAUUUCGUAAAAAGAAAUCAAAUUGGAGGCAGAGAUGUUGAAGAGGGGGGAACAUUUUUUUUUUGUACUCUUAAAAAAAAAAAAGAAAAAAAAAAAAGCCAAAAGGUGAAUGUUGUGUUUUUUUUGUUUUGAGGCUUAAAUUAAAAGAUGAUUCGUGAGCAAUUGUGGGAGGGUUUUUUUGCUUUUCGUUUGUAUUUUAAGAACAUUAGCGAGAGCUAUUCUGCUAUUCUGAUGAUACUUAAUCUGUUAAUAAAAUUAUUACUAUUUUUUAAUUGUAUAAUGAAACAAAUGUAAAAUAGUGAUCGUUGACCAUCAGAGAAGACCAACUAUCGACGCCCCAACCAAACUUGGAGGUUUAUUGCUAAUCAUUCAAAUGAAGACGUCCCUAACUUGGUUUUUAUCUCUUUUUAUUCCUCUUUUGAAUCGAUCCCACUGACUGAUCCUUCUCAAAAGCCACCGCUCUUCUCUGCUGGUCAAAUCUCCCUCCCAUUUUGUAGCUUUUUGCAGUUCAUAUCUCAAGGUAUUAGAUUGUCUCAGAUCUUCUUUUUUUUGUCUGGUUUUGUUCUUAUACAUACUUGGUCUCUUCCAUGCAUAUCACCAGCUCAUUAGAAGGUGAUGACAUUUGUCCAGUGUGGCACCUGUUUUUCAGUUUCUGUAUGCGUGAUGUUUUUCUUUUCUCAGUAUAAUAGGCCACUUUUGAUAAUAAAACUCUUGGAAGUUUGA